AAACACCAUAGGAGUUCAAGUCCUAACUCCUAACUUCAACUUUCCCUCUCCCCCUCCAUCCAAAAAAACCUUCCUUCUCCCCCUCUCCCACCAGGCGUUGGCGGUGACCAAAGGGCUCUGAAGCCAAAACGACGACUACGAGUGAAUUCCUCGUCCUCCACAAUCCGAGAACAUCAAAACCCAUCAAGAAAAACCCAUUUCAAAACCAAACCAACCAUCCAAAUAGAGUGAUUCAAGAAGCUGGUACUGAGUACAACAAUAUAAUCAAUGCGAAGAAGAAUGGUUCUUCCGAUUUAAAGCUUGUGAUCCAGAAGAAGAAACUGCCUAAAGCCCAUAUAAGAGCUGAGUUUCUGAGCCAAGAAGAAACAAAUCAGUCUACAGCAAAAACAAGAAAAUGUGACUACCAUGUGGAUAUGACAUUGGUGCAACAUCUUGUGCUACAAUAUCUAUAGAGUGUUUAGGAGCACUUGAAUGGUUGUGGUUUAUUGGAUCCCAAAUAGUUACUAAAAUUUCAGUCUUUAACAGCUCUCUCGUAGGCUUCUCUUGAGGAGGUCAUUGAAAUGUGGGCUGGUUUGGGCUACUAAGGCCGAGCACGUUUUGUUCUUGAGUGUUUUCUCUGUCAUCUGCUGUCUCUAUGGUCUGUUCACCUUAGCCAAGUUACAAGCCAAUGGAUGAGUGGCAUGUGUGCAACAGAUCAAAAUAUUAGGCAUUGGGACAGGCCUAUUUAGUCCUUAAACGAGUAGUAUGCCCCUCUCUUUCUUCCUUGGUUUAAAACUGAAACCAAAGCCACCACUUGUACUCAAACCCUUCACCACAUUCUUCUUCUCUACUAAUACUACUACAACACCCACAAUUCCUCUCAUCACUAACACGCUUCUAAAGCAAUGCAAGACCUUAAUCCAAGCCAAGCUGGUCCAUCAGCAGAUCUUAGUCCAGGGCCUUGCAGACAUGGCUACAUACCUCAUUGGCACCUACAUAGCAUGUGAAGCUCCCAUGCAUGCCAUAAAGGUGCUUGAACGCCUUGUUCCAUCGCAGCCUACUGUUUACUGGUGGAAUGCGCUUAUACGACAUGCAGUUCGUCUCGGGUUUCUUGAAGAUGUACUUGGUUUGUAUAGAAAAAUGCAGAGAUUUGGCUGGAAGCCUGACCACUACACUUUCCCUUUUGUUUUCAAAGCUUGUGGUGAUCUUCCUUCGUUCCGACGAGGUGCUUCAGUUCAUGCUGUUGUCUGUGCAAAUGGGUUUGAGUCCAAUGUGUUUGUUUGUAAUGCGAUGGUAGCUAUGUAUGGAAGGUGUGGCAUGUUGGAUGAUGCGCGCCAAGUAUUUGAUGAAUUGUGUGGGAGAGGGAUAGGUGAUGUGGUGUCUUGGAAUUCAAUCGUGGCUGCUUACGUGCAAGGUGGUAAUAAGAAAAAUGCACUAAAAAUGUUCACUAGAAUGGCUGAUGAUCAUAGAAUUUGCCCAGAUGUAGUUAGCAUUGUCAAUAUCCUUCCUGCUUGUGCUUCGUUGAGUGCAUGGUUGCAAGGUAAGGAGAUUCAUGGUUUUGCAGUUCGAAAUGGGUUGGUGGAGGAUGUGUUUGUGGGUAAUGCUAUAGUGGACAUGUAUGCCAAGUGUGGGAUGAUGGAUGAAGCAAACAAGGUUUUUGAGCGGAUGAUGGUUAAGGAUGUGGUUUCUUGGAAUGCUAUGGUAACUGGGUACUCUCAGAUUGGUAGAUUUGAAGAUGCUCUUGCUUUGUUUGAGAAGAUGCGUGAGGAGAAGAUCGAGUUGAAUGUUGUGACUUGGAGCGCAGUGAUUGCUGGGUAUGCUCAAAGGGAUCAUGGUUAUGAAGCAUUGGAUGUGUUUCGUCAAAUGCAGGUUCGUGGUUCAGAGCCGAAUGUUGUUACUCUUGUGUCUCUUCUUUCAGGUUGUGCUUCUGUGGGAACAUUGCUUCAUGGAAAAGAGACUCAUUGUUAUGCCAUAAAACGUAUUCUGAAUGUAGAUGGAAAUGAUCCAGGGGAUGAUCUAAUGAUAAUUAAUGGUCUCAUUGACAUGUAUGCUAAGUGCAAAAGUGUCAAGGUAGCACGAAUGAUGUUUGACUCAAUAGCAACAAAAGAGAAAAAUGUGGUAACUUGGACUGUCAUGAUUGGUGGGUAUGCUCAGCAUUGUGAAGCCAAUGAUGCACUGGAGCUUUUCUCAAAGAUGCUUGGACAGGAAAUUUUCAUAAAGCCAAAUGCUUUUACUAUAGCAUGUGCUUUGAUGGCUUGUUCUCGUUUAGCCGCACUAAGGUUAGGUAAACAAAUUCAUUGUUAUGUAUUGCGCAAUCAGUAUGAUUCUAUGGUGAUAUUUGUAGCUAAUUGCCUCAUAGAUAUGUAUUCGAAAUCUGGAGACGUUGAUGCUGCUCAAGUUGUGUUUGAUAACAUGAAGCAAAGGAAUGCUGUUUCUUGGACAUCUCUAAUGACGGGUUAUGGCAUGCAUGGUUGUGGAGAAGAUGCUCUUCGGGUUUUUGAUGAGAUGAGGAGAGCAGGGUGGAUGCCUGAUGGUGUAACCUUUGUUGUUGUUCUUUAUGCUUGUAGCCAUACGGGAAUGGUUGAGCAGGGAAUGAAAUACUUUAAUAGCAUGAGUGACGAAUACGGGGUGGUUCUUGGAGUGGAACACUAUGCUUGCAUGGUUGACCUAUUGGGUCGUGCUGGUCGCUUGGAUGAGGCCCUAAAGCUCAUUGAAGGCAUGCCUAUGGAACCAACACCAAUAGUGUGGGUGGCAUUGCUUAGUGCUUGCAGGCUCCAUCCAAAUAUUGAACUUGGGGAGCAUGCUGCAAACCGGUUGUUAGAAUUGGAGUCUGAGAAUGAUGGGUCAUAUACUUUGCUUUCAAACAUAUAUGCCAAUGCCAGGCGAUGGAAAGAUGUGGCUAGAAUUAGAUCUUUAAUGAGACAUACAAGGAUCAAGAAGAGGCCCGGUUGCAGUUGGGUCGAAGGAAAGAAAGGAACUGCAGCCUUUUUUGUUGGGGACAGGUCACAUCCUCUAUCUCAACAAAUAUACAAGAUCUUGGGAGACCUAAUUCUACGCAUCAAAGCCAUGGGAUAUGUUCCUGAGACAAGUUUUGCUCUUCAUGAUGUGGAUGAUGAGGAGAAGGGUGAUCUUCUUUUUGAACAUAGUGAGAAGUUGGCACUUGCAUAUGGCAUCCUAAUAUCACCUGCAGGGGCACCCAUCCGAAUCACCAAGAACUUGCGUGUCUGUGGCGAUUGCCACACUGCCAUUUGCUACAUAUCUAUGAUCAUUGACCAUGAAAUCAUUUUGAGAGACUCAAGUCGUUUUCAUCAUAUAAAGAAAGGAUCAUGCUCAUGCAACGGUUAUUGGUGAUAACCAAAUCAUGCAUGUGUCAUUGCGUAAGCACAUUUUUACCAUGGGACAGGUAUUUUUUUUUUUUUUUUUACAUAUGUAGAUAGUGCGGCAGGCGAGGUUCGAAACACAUACAUAGGGUAUCACAAGGGAUGCUAUUACCAUUGGGCUAUCAGUUGAACCCCAUUCCAUGGGAUAGAUGAUUUUACUGGGACCCAAAGAAAGCAGGUGGCUCUUUGGAUUGCACAAGUGGUUGGGCAUUUGCAUUGUCAGAAACCACUUCACAUAUUUCACUUUAUUCACCCUGCUCUUGUAAUGCUUGAUCAGGAUUCCAAUCCAGUGUUCUUUGGCUUUUAUAUGCUAACUGGUGGAGCUCUUGGUGAUAAGCAGCAUGUGUCAAGUUCAGACUUCCUGUUACUCUCUUAUGGUGCCUAUAUUGAUGUAAAUUUUGUAGUGACAGGAAUAAAAAGAAGGGAAACAGUUAUCAAAUGUGCAGAAGAUGUUCGCCCCCUCCCAAAGUCACUACCCUCCCUAAAGUUGAAACAAAUGGGCAGUAAGUUGCAAAGUCGCUACCCUUCCUCUCUUGAAUUGUCUGUGAGCACUAAGCAUUCACUUAACUGAUAAGUCUAGUAACUGUUAAGGUUACUAAACCAUUGGAAAAGGUUUAAUUUGAUUCCUCAACUAUUAAUGUUAUCAUAAGGAUGAAAUUGAAUUAAUUUAAAAAAAUGAGAGUAAAAAAUAACACAAUUGAUAGAUCA